AUGAACCUGUCCCACAUCAUUGUGCUCCUGUGGGCAUGCGGGAGGCUCCGGGCCUUUGAAAUCGUGGAGAAGGAGAACAUCUUUCAGAGGACCCCCUGCCCUGCCUUCCUGAUGUUCGAUAACGCGGCCUACCUGGCCGACAUGAGCUUCGAGCUGCCCUGCCACUGCAAGCCCGAGGAGGUGCCCGCCGUGGUCUGGUACUACCAGGAGCGCCUGGGCGGCGGCCGCACCAGGGUGCUGACGGACUUCGACGGGCAGGUGCUGACGGCCGCGUCCCACGUGCGGGUGGGCAGCGACCUGCUGGUGCGCUUCAGCAUCCGCAUGUUCAGCCUGCUGGUGUUCCGGGCCCAGCCCGAGGACUCGGGCCUGUACUUCUGCGGCAGCCGCAGCGGGGACUACUUCUACGCCUACGACGUGGACAUCCAGAGCAGCGAGGGCAUGGUGGCCACCUUCAGGGACCUGGGCCAGGAGCCCUUUGCGGACGCGUACCGGGGGAGCCUGCACGUCUUCACCACCUUCUGGGAGUGGACCCCCUGUGACCGCUGCGGGGUGCGCGGGGAGCAGUGGCGCAUUGGCCUCUGCUACCUGCAGAGCCCGGACCUCUCGCCACGCUACCGCAAGACGAUGCCGGACGUGGUGUCCUGCGGCUCCCGGGCCGUGCCACGGAAGCUCCAGGCCCAGGCCAGGGACCACCCCCCCGAGCUGCUGGUGCAGAGCUGCAGGGUGCCCUGCAGGAACACCACGAAGGUCCGGGGGAAGCUGAUGGCCAUUCUGAACUACGUGUCCAAGGUGGGCAAGCGGCCCUGGCUGCCCGGGGUGCCCAUCCAGUACCACCAGCAGAGGCUGAGUCACGGGCUCGUCAUCUCCUGCCCCGGGGCCCGGCCGGAGCAGGCCGUGGCCUGGGACAAGGACAGCCAGCACCUGUACCGCACGCAGUACCUGAAGGGCACCAACCGGUCCAUGAGGGUGUUCAUCGACCACGGCAACCAUCUCCACAUCCGCUUCACCCAGCUGGACGACAGGGGCAUCUACUACUGUUGGCGGCAGGGCGAGCGGGUGGCCGGCUUCCGGCUGGGCGUGGCCCCCCGGGGGCGCUACAAGGUCUCGUUCUCCGACCCGGAGGUCCGCUCGGCCCUGGAGCUCACCCUGGUCGGGUUCCUGCUCCUCACGGCCGUCUUCAUCACCGUCCACCUCUGGCGCUGCUGCUGUUACGUGUUUCGCUGUUGUCCCAGCUUCUCUCGCUAG